AACUCCACACUCGUUACACACACGCAUUUUGUAUGUAUUUCCCCAGAACAAUUAUCAUCAAUUCAAUUUACUCUAAUUCGCGAUCUCUUAGUCUUACGAUCAAGGCCACUAAUCUGUCCAUUUCUUCCUGUCCACUUCACCAUAAUUAAACCACAUUUCCAUGAAUAACGCCAUUCUAUCGUAGAUCCCCAACUCUGGUUUACCCAUUUCCAUUAUGACCUCACACUCGGUUAUUUUUUCCCAUCGUUCUCCCUCUUAUCUGUUUACUUUUUGCAUUGUACCGCUUCUCAGUCUGCUAAAUUUAUCGCAACCGAACACAGGUUUUGUUUAUCCUUAGAUACUCGAAUCAAAGCUAAUACAAGUUUUUAGUCUCGUGUUUGUACAGUUGUCAGAUUUCCGUGUUUGUUUAUUAUUCGUGAUAAAUUGUUGUUUGCCGAUUAUUAUUGAAUACAUGGUGAUAAUUAAUUAGUGUGAGUGUGACCGUCGUGCAGAAUGGAGUCCAAAAAAGAAGUUCUGUACAGUAGGCUGAAAAAGCAGAAGUCGCUAGAAAUCCCGAACGAGAGAAUCCAGCAAGUCGAUGGCGGCUUCUUCGAAAAAUUCGGCAACCUCUUCCGGGAGCACGCCGAGCUGGUGGAGAACCAGGAGACCGAGGAGAAGGAGAAGGUGGCCAAAAUCGCCGAGAUGGUGCGCUCCGACGAGCCCAUCGACGACGACAGCGAGGUCUUAGCGCUGUCGGAUAGUGACACGGAGGCGAAGAGUCUGGCUUCGGACUCGGAGGAGGAAAAGGACAAGACUGAGCUGAUUUCGGCGGCCUUCAAUAUCGAGGAGCUCUACGGGGAGGUCCUGUUCGAGAUCCUGCACAACGUGGGCUGCGACGUCAGCGUGGAUAUUGGGCAGACGGCGCUGAUUUCGUACGCCCAGGACGCGUUCAAGAUCCCGAAUAACAAGCACCAGGUGCUGCUGGCGGAGGCGGAGAAGAAGGAGGCGCCGGAGAUCAUGAUCAAUGUGGAGGUGAUCGAAGCCAAAGAUUUGAAGCCAAAGGACUCGAACGGGUUGAGUGAUCCGUUCGUUACGCUGUAUCUAGCGAGCAACCAGACGCAUAGGUACAACACUUCGGUCAAGUAUAGGACGCUGGCGCCGACGUGGGAGGAGCAUUUCGCCUUACCCGUCUCCGACAACUGCAACGACGACACCCUCUGCAUCGAGGUGUGGGACUUCGACGCCGCCGAGUCCGUCAAGGAGAAGUUCGGCCGCUUCUCCGACGUCAAGGGCGUCAAGGGCAUGCGCAAGUUCAUCAAAGAGAUCGCCGUCGCCGCCACCACCGGCCAGCACGACAACGAACUCAUCGGCGUCUCCCGGAUCCCUCUCAGCACCAUCCCCGCCUCCGGCAUGACCAUGUGGUACAGCCUCGACAAGAAGAACAAAAUUCCCCGCCAAGGCGUCAUCAAAGUCCGCGUGGCCUUCAGCUCGGAGAAGAAUCACCAGGUGGCCCAGCAGGAGCACCGCCACAUGCUGAAGAUCCUCCUCUUGCACGAACUCGAGGUGUCCAAGGUGGCGCCUUUCUGGUGGUGCGGCAACUUCAGCCCCCAAGGAGAGGCCCUCCUGGUGCAGCACAUAGCCCAGUCGGGACUCACCCCCGCGGAGGUAGCGCUGUGCCAGCUGUCGGUGUACGCGUGCGUCCACCACAACCACCCUCUGUCCUUCACGCUGUUCGCCAAGCUGGUGGACAAGCUGGUGAAGCCGCUCCAAGGAGGGGUCGGCGAAGACGAGGUGAAGAUCUUCUGGGACGCCGUGAAGAAGUUGUUGCCUUCGUGCUUCACGGUCAUCCGGAAGAUACGGAAGAAAGACUUCAAGGAUAAAACGACGGUGCAACAAUUGAGUGAAGUGUUGAGUAUUUUGAGGAACGUGACGGUGUUGGGGAUCCCCCAGGACAUGGAUUUGUUUCCCAGUGGUUGGUAUCCGUGGUUGUCGUACUGCGACAACUGCCACAGAGACGUUUUGGGGGUGGUGGAGGACGCGGUGAAACAAGGAGCCGAGGAUUGGUUUAACCACAUCAUCGAGAACAAUGUGCAACAAGACGGUGGUGGGGGGAAGCUACAGUACUUGAUUCAGGCGAUCCAGCUGGUGCGCAGCGACCUACAGAAGGCUCUAGAGUUCUACGAUAAACUGUUUCAAGAAACCAUCUCAUUCCAAUACACCAAGUCCCUCUACGUCUUCUACCAAGCGAAGAUUUCGGCCCUCGCUGAACCCGACGUUCGCGAUAUCUGCAAGAACUUGAAGAAACUGUCAUUCACAGGCUUCACCACGGCGGAAACCGACUCCGACGAGCCGCUCAAAGAAGGCACCACGCUGUUUGAAUUGUACUUAGCUCUGCACAGAUUCGUGGUUCUGGGGCAGGGUUUGUGUCAGGUGGACCACGAAACUUUCCAUAUUAAGAAUUUCCACCAGUGGUUCCACGGGGGUGUCGCCCAGUGGCUGGACAUAGCCGUUUUUAAAGCACUUCAAAGGAUCGAGAAGGCCGUGGAGUUGGAUAAUUUGGUGCCGGUGGACACCAGCGUGAAGUAUAGUUCUUCAGCUGUUGAUACUUUGACUAUUUUUUAUCAAGUGAAAGUAUUUUGGCAGCAACUCAGUUGGCCGGAUGUUGAGGGGUGCUACACGUUCAUUGCCAAGAUAAUAGAUGACAUCUGCCGCUGCUGCGUCUUCUACGCCGAACGUAUGUCCAUGCGAGUCGACGGAAUGGGCGACAAAGACAACAUCUACGAAAAAAAAUUCGAAGUAACCAACGAAUGGUGCUUAGCCAUCAACAACAUCGAGUACGUCAGACAAUCCCUCCAACCUUUCACCCAAGAACUCGGCAUGAAAGAAGUCAUCGAGAAGCUAUCCGACUUGAAGAGCGCCAUCGAGGCCAAACGGUGCCAAGACACCCUCAACAACGUCAUCGCCAACGCAAUCGACACCGUCCGGAACGAGAUCAUCGCGCUGCUGGAAACCGUCGUCAAGAAGAUGGUGCCCUCCAUGAAGCGCCUGCUCAUCGAAGGCGCCGAACUCUUCAACCAAGACAGCAACAGCAUCGACCGGUUGAUGCUCUACGUCGACAACAACUUGACGACGCUGAACAACGAGCUGAACGAGGAGAAUUUCAACAGGAUCGUGGAGAUCGUGUGGGAGAACGUGGGGGAGAUCUUGGACGAGAUCAUCACCUCGAGUGUGGAGAAGCGACGGCCGCCUUCGUUCUUCGCCAACCUCCACAAGACGCUCAACCUCAUGAUGGGGUCGUUCAAGAACUCCACACUGGACUGCGUCAACCUCCAGAGGACUGAGAUGCGGUUGAAGGUCAACGGGCUGGAAACCAACGACUUGAUCCACCAAGUGCACCUGGACUUGUACCAGGAGUUCAGGAAUCUGGAGGAGUCGAGGUUCGGAGAGGUUUGUGUGAGGACGAAGUUCGAAGACAACAACACUUUGAAGGUGUCGGUGGUCAAUGCCAGGAAUUUGAUCGCGAUGGAUUCGAACGGAAGCAGCGACUCCUUCGUCCGGAUUCACCUCCUUCCGGAGCACAAGUUUAUCGGGAUUCCGAAGCCCAAGACGCAGACUCACCACAGGACGCUGUUUCCGUUGUACGAAGAGGAUUUUGUGAUAAAUUUACCGGAAGACUAUAAAGACGUGGAAGACGGACUUGUUCUUUUUAGUGUUAAAGACAAAGAUUUGUUGGGAUACAACAAUCAGUAUAUAGGGGAGGCUUUUGUGCAUUUUAAGGACGUGGACGUCUCGGCUACGCCUCUGACUGAUUUGACCCCAGUGUACUUGCCUUUGAUCCGGCCUUCUAAUUUAAGUACUGAUGCCAUUACGGCCUUGGAGACUAGACAGGGUGAUAAGUUGGCCAAGGAGUUUCUAAGGAAGUUCAAGCAGAGGAUGGGGACGUGAAAAAGACUGUUGUGAAUGUUUUAUUGUGAUGAUCGGUAUUUUUAUGUAUUGUGAUUAAAUAUUACCAUUUUAGUA